AUGGCAUCCCAUGAAGAGAUUUGGGACGACUCGGCCCUCGUGAAUUCGUGGAACGAGGCGCUGGCAGAAUACAAGAAAUAUCACAGCAUACACGCCGAAGGAGCAGCGCUUCCUGAGGGUGUUGCUGGGGAAGUUAGGGACCAGAAUCCCAAGCAUAGUGCUAUUGUAAAUGAGGGAGAGGAGGUAGAAGAAGGAGAGGCGAUGGGAGAGGACGGCGCUGCACCCGCCGCUGUGGAAGUGAAGGUUGAAAAUAGCCUGGAAAGCCAGCAACCAGCUGUUGCUGCUCCUCCUCUUGCUGGACCUACCGCCGCCGCAGUAGGCCUACCUGGUCCCGGCCCGCAACUGAUGUUGGGUUCCGUACAAGAUGAGGAGCUCAAGAAGCUCUUGAUGUCUUGGUACUACGCAGGCUACUACACCGGUCUUUACGAAGGGAAACAAAAGGCUUUGCAGGAGCACGCACAGGAGUAA